GCCCGACGUGCAGUCCGGUUCCUUCCUCUUCCAAAAGCACCAUGGCAACUCUGAAGGACCAGCUGAUUCAGAAUCUCCUGAAGGAAGAACAGGCCCCCCAGAAUAAGCUUACAGUCGUUGGGGUGGGUGCUGUGGGCAUGGCCUGUGCCAUCAGUAUCUUGAUGAAGGACUUGGCAGAUGAACUUGCCCUUGUUGACGUCAUGGAAGACAAAUUGAAGGGUGAAAUGAUGGAUCUCCAGCAUGGCAGCCUUUUCCUUCGAACACCAAAAAUCGUCUCUGGCAAAGACUAUGAUGUAACUGCAAAUUCCAAGUUAGUAAUUAUCACUGCUGGAGCUCGUCAGCAGGAGGGAGAAAGUCGUCUUAAUUUGGUCCAACGCAACGUGAACAUCUUCAAAUUCAUCAUUCCGAACGUUGUAAAGUACAGCCCAAACUGCAAGUUGCUCAUUGUUUCUAAUCCAGUGGACAUCCUUACCUAUGUGGCUUGGAAGAUAAGUGGCUUCCCCAAGAAUCGUGUUAUCGGGAGUGGUUGCAGUCUGGACUCGGCACAGUUCCGUUACCUCAUGGGGGAGAGGCUGGGAGUCCACCCAUUAAGCUGUCAUGGAUGGGUCCUUGGGGAGCAUGGAGACUCGAGUGUGCCAGUUUGGAGUGGAGUGAAUGUUGCUGGUGUCUCCCUGAAAAAUCUGCAUCCUGCUUUAGGCACUGAUGGAGAUAAGGAACAGUGGAAAGAGGUCCACAAACAGGUGGUCGAAAGUGCUUAUGAGGUGAUCAAACUGAAAGGCUAUACCUCCUGGGCCAUUGGGCUGUCUGUGGCUGACUUGGCAGAGAGUAUAAUGAAGAAUCUCAGGCGGGUACAUCCCAUUUCCACCAUGAUUAAGGGACUUUAUGGCAUAAACGAGGACGUCUUCCUCAGUGUCCCGUGCAUCCUGGGACAGAAUGGAAUCUCAGACGGGGUGAAGGUGACCCUGACUCCUGAGGAAGAGGCCUGAUUGAAGAAAAGUGCAGAUACACUUUGGGGGAUCCAAAAAGAGCUGCAGUUUUAAAGUCUUGUACCAACCACUUCACUGUCUGGGCUGCAAAUGGAUUUUAGUUGGGGGGUGUGCAUGUUGCUCUUUUUAUCUGCUCUAUGACUAAAGCAGUAAAAUGAUGAUCUAGGACAAACAUUCGUUCCCUAAAGUCAGACCUGGGGAUGGGCCAUAAAGCCUGACAACUCUA